CUGGGAUGGAGCCCGAGACUGCGCUGUGGGGCCCGGAUCUGCAGGGUCCGGAACAGAGCCCCAACGAUGCUCACAGAGGUGCCGAGAGUGAAAACGAAGAGGAUUUUUUUUUUUAGGAAAGUUCUGGGGAGGAGAUCAUCAUGGGAGACCCGGCUCAGAGUCCAGAAUCCAAGGACUCCAUAGAGAUGUCCCUGGAGAGACCCUCCCAGGACCUUUUUUUUUUUCAGAACCCCCCAACCCCACUGGCUCACUCCAACCCCUUGGACCACCAGACCCCCCUGGACCCCCCAGCCCCGGAGGUUGUCCCUACCCCAUCUGACUGGACCAAGGCCUGCGAGGCCAGCUGGCAGUGGGGCGCUCUCACCACAUGGAACAGCCCCCCGGUCGUCCCCGCCAACGAGCCUAGCCUGCGGGAGCUGGUGCAGGGCCGCCCUUUUUUUUUUUAAAAGCCCUACAUCUGCAACGAGUGCGGCAAGAGCUUCAGCCAGUUUUUUUUUUUGCUGCGGCACCAGCGCAUCCACACGGGAGAGCGGCCCAACACCUGCUCGGAGUGCGGCAAGAGCUUCACGCAGAGCUCGCACCUGGUGCAGCACCAGCGUUUUUUUUUUUGCGAGAAGCCCUACAAGUGCCCCGACUGCGGCAAGUGCUUCAGCUUUUUUUUUUUCCUGGUGCAGCACCAGCGCACGCACACGGGAGAGAAGCCCUACAUUUUUUUUUUUUGCGAGAAGGCCUUCACCCAGAGCACCAACCUCAUCAAGCACCAUUUUUUUUUUUCCGGCGAGAAGCCCUACAAAUGCGGCGAGUGCCGCCGGGCUUUCUACCGCAGCUCCGACCUCAUCCAGCACCAGGCCACGCACACGGGCGAGAAACCCUUUUUUUUUUUUGAGUGCGGGAAGCGCUUCGGUCAGAACCACAACCUCCUCAAGCACCAGAAGAUCCACGCGGGCGAGAAGCCAUACCGCUGCACCGAGUGCGGGAAGAGCUUUUUUUUUUUCUCGGAGCUGACGCAGCACCAGCGCACGCACACAGGCGAGAAGCUUUUUUUUUUUCUGGAGUGCGGCAAGAGCUUCGGCCACAGCUCCACCCUCAUCAAGCACCAGCGGACUCACCUGCGCGAGGACCCAUUCAAGUGCCCGGUGUGCGGCAAGUUUUUUUUUUUGAGCGCCACCCUGCUGCGGCACCAGCGCACUCACACGGGCGAGCGGCCCUACAAGUGCCCCGAGUGCGGCAAGAGCUUCAGCGUCAGCUCUAACCUCAUCAACCACCAGCGCAUCCACCGCGGCGAGCGGCCCUACAUCUGCGCCGACUGCGGCUUUUUUUUUUUCAUGAGCUCCACCCUCAUCCGCCACCAGCGCAUCCACACCGGCGUUUUUUUUUUUAAGUGCUCCGACUGCGGCAAGAGCUUCAUCCGCAGCUCCCACCUUUUUUUUUUUUGCCGCACGCACACCGGCGAGAAGCCCUACAAGUGCCCCGAGUGUUUUUUUUUUUUCAGCCAGAGCUCCAACCUCAUCACCCACGUCCGCACGCACAUGGACGAGAACCUGUUCGUGUGCUCCGACUGCGGGAAGGCCUUCCUGGAAGCCCACGAUUUUUUUUUUUACCGGGUGAUCCAUGAGAGGGGGAAGACCCCAGCGCGGAGGGCCCAGGGCGACGCCCUGCUGGGGCUCGGGGACCCCUCCCUGCUGACCCCGCCGCCGGUUUUUUUUUUUCACAAGUGUCUCGUGUGCGGAAAGGGCUUCAACGACGAGGGCAUUUUUUUUUUUUAUCAAAGGAUCCAUAUCGGAGAAAACCCCUACAAAAAUGCAGACUUUUUUUUUUUACACCCAGCCCCCAAACCUCCUCAGUUACGAUCCCCGAGGCUCCUUUUUUUUUUUAAUUCCUACCCCGGGGCUGCGGAGGGCAGAGCCGACGCCCCGGGUUUUUUUUUUUAGCCGCCAGAGGGUCAGGAGGGCUUCAGCCAGAGGCGGGGACUGUUUUUUUUUUUGACCUACAUCUGCUCCCACUGCGGAGAGAGCUUCCUGGAUCGCUUUUUUUUUUUUCAGCAUCAGCUCACCCACGGCAACGAAAAGCCCUUUCUCUUUCCUUUUUUUUUUUUUGGCCUAGGGGAAGGCGCAGGGCCCAGCCCCUUCCUAAGUGGGUUUUUUUUUUUAUGCCCUGAAUGCAAACAAAGCUUUGGCCUCAGCUCUGAGCUGCUUUUUUUUUUUAAAGUCCAUGCAGGCGGGAAGAGCUCCCAGAAGAGUACAGAGCUGGGGAAGAGCUCUUCCGUCCUCCUGGAGCAUCUCAGGAGCCCCCUGGGGGCCAGACCCUACAGCUGCUCAGAUUGCGGGGCCUCCUUCCUCGACCGCGUGGCCCUCACCCUUUUUUUUUUUACCCACACCCAGGAAAAGUCCCCCAGUCCCGAGGACCCCCCUCCAGAGGCAGCCACCCUGUCCACAGGCCAGGAAGGUGAGGGGGAAGCCCCUACCCCCAUGGGGAGCAGCAGCCAUGGGGAAGGGGAAGAAGGGGAAAGCCCCAAAACCCGAGUUUUUUUUUUUCCCUAUCUGUGCCCCGAGUGUGGAGACGGCUUCACAGAAGUCGCGGCCCUCCUGCUCCAUAGGAGCUGCCACCCAGGUGUCUCCCUGUGAAAU